GCAACGGUCGGGGAAAGAAGACCAGAAGAGCGUCUGAUUGUCCGAAAUCACUUUUUUUCCACUUUCACCUCCCGUUUUCUCUCUGUCAUUCCACCCCCACCCCCCCAAAAAAACACCUUUCUCCGUGUCCAAGAAAGUCUCGUGAUAGAGUGGUAAUGCGUGCGUGUGACGCAGGCUGUGGAAGGAGGCAGGCGGAGGAGCCGGAGCGGCAGCAGUGUAGAGAAGGAGGAGGAGGAAGGAAGGAUGGCGGAGUCACACCUCUGAAGAGAAUCCUGAGGAUGCAAACCUGGGUGACCCUUCACAGCUGAACUUGCUUCACCCCAGACCGGGGCUCACGUGCGGUUCAAUUAAGUAUGUGGCAGAUGGAUGUCACAACAGAUAAGCUGCUUUGACUCAUUUGCUUUCCCCUGGAAUUCUAAGAACUUUGUAUCGCAGGGCUUUUGCUUUUUUAUAUAUAUACAUGUAUGUAUGUAUAUAUGAAAGACUCCAUCCCUUUGUUUUCCAUCUCUGUAGAGAUUUACAAACAAGCAUUAACAAGAGAGACCCAGGGUCCAUGUGCAGCUGGGUGAAGGUGGUGCCGCUAUGAGUAGUACUUUAGGAAAAGACAAGGACUCGAAAGAGAAGGACUCCAAAGGUCCUUCGGGAAAGGAAAGGGAAAAGGAGGCCAAAGCCUUGAGCAGCUUCAGUAAAGAUGGCAAGGAAACUAAGACCAAAGGGAAAGAUGCCAAAGAAGGAAAGAAGGACACUAGUGGGGCUCUGCCUGCGGUGGCCUUUUCUGUGGACAACACGAUAAAGCGGCCAAACCCAGCACCGGGGACUCGCAAAAAAUCCAGCAAUGCCGAAGUGAUCAAAGAGCUCAAUAAGUGCCGGGAGGAGAACUCGAUGCGUUUGGACCUGUCGAAGAGGUCCAUACACCUGCUUCCCACGUCUAUCAAGGAGUUGACGCAGUUGGCAGAACUUUACCUGUACAGUAACAAGCUUCAGAGCCUACCUGCUGAGGUGGGCUGCCUCUCGGGCCUGGUGACUCUGGCUUUAAGUGAGAACUCUCUCACCAGCUUGCCAGACUCUCUCGACAACUUGAAGAAGCUGCGCAUGCUGGACCUUCGGCACAACAAACUGCGGGAGAUCCCGCCGGUGGUCUACAGGCUAUCUUCCCUCACCACCCUUUACCUGCGCUUUAACCGCAUCACUACUGUGGAGAAGGAUAUAAAAAAUCUGUCCAAACUCACCAUGCUGAGCAUCCGCGAGAACAAAAUUAAGCAGCUACCUGCUGAGAUAGGGGAGUUAUGUAACCUCAUCACACUGGACGUAGCUCACAAUCAACUUGAACACCUUCCGAAAGAGAUUGGAAAUUGCACGCAAAUCACUAACCUUGAUUUACAGCACAAUGAGCUUUUGGACCUUCCAGAAACAAUAGGUAAUUUGUCGAGCAUAAAUCGCUUGGGUCUGCGGUACAAUAGGCUUUCGGCAAUCCCUAAAUCAUUAGCAAAGUGCAGAGAACUGGAAGAGCUAAACCUUGAGAACAACAAUAUCUCUAUGCUACCAGAGGGUCUCCUUUCUAGUCUGAUAAACCUGACGAGUUUAACGCUGGCCAGAAACUGCUUCCAGUCCUACCCUGUGGGAGGUCCCUCACAGUUCUCCACCAUCUACUCCCUCAACAUGGAACACAACCGUAUCAACAAGAUCCCUUUUGGCAUCUUCUCCAGGGCCAAAGUGCUGAGUAAGCUGAACAUGAAGGACAAUCAGCUAACAUCUCUUCCACUGGACUUUGGAACUUGGACCAGUAUGGUUGAGCUGAACCUGGCCACUAACCAGCUGACAAAGAUUCCGGAGGAUGUGUGUGGUCUUGUCUCUCUUGAGGGACUGAUCUUGUCGAACAAUCUUCUGAAAAAGCUGCCCCAUGGUAUAGGUCAACUGCGGAAACUGCGAGAGCUAGAUUUGGAGGAAAACAAGCUGGAAUCCCUCCCUAAUGAAAUUGCCUACCUGAAAGAUUUACAAAAACUGGUCUUGACUAAUAAUCAGCUGACCACUUUGCCCAGAGGGAUCGGUCAUCUUACCAACCUGACUCACCUAGGACUGGGAGAGAACCUCUUGCAGCACCUCCCUGAAGAGAUCGGUACACUGGAGAAUCUUGAGGAGCUGUAUCUGAAUGAUAACCCCAACCUUCAUAGCCUUCCCUUUGAACUGGCUCUGUGCAGCAAGCUGUCAAUCAUGAGCAUUGAGAACUGUCCUCUCAGCCAUCUGCCACCUCAGAUUGUUGCCGGGGGACCCUCCUUCAUUAUUCAGUUCCUGAAGAUGCAGGGCCCUUACCGGGCCAUGGUCUGAAAACCCAAUCCUAUGUGUCAUACACUGUAAAAAAAGAUAAAGAAAUGCAUUAUUGUUGUCAUGAAUAUAUCUGAGAAAAAGGCAAUUUUAAUAAGACUGCAUUACAUGUUUCUGCUAAUAGAGGAAUCAUAGCCAUUUAGAUUUUUUUUGGGGUUUUUUAAAUCAUGUAAAAAGGAAAAUUGUUUGUCUAGGUUUUCAUUGCCAGAAUUGAUAAAUGUAUAUUAAAUUACUAGCUGCUGAAUGGCAGUUCUCUUUCAAUUUAAAAGUAUAUUGCCAACAAAGUUGCAGUAAUUAAGUUUAAUGGAUUACAGAUGGUAAUUAUAAGUACAAAAAUCUAAUUGUGCAAAAAAUUUUCAUUUUUAGUGAUUUUUUAAUUUUUUUUUUUGGGGGGGGGCCUCCAAAC